GGAGGGCGAGCGGGCGGCCUUGGUCUUUCGAGGCGGACAACGUCGAGGCGGCUCUUGGCCGGAGAUGCAGGAACGGCCCUGAUCCCCGGGGGACGCUUCGGCCCAGCCCCCCCCCCCCCGCACGCUGGCCGCCCCGCUCCGUGGGGGGGGGUGGGAGGAGGCCGGGGCUGCGCGGGACAGGAUGCUCGAGCCCAGGCCGUCGCAGCUCGCGCGCCCUCCCGCGCGCCCAGGCCGCCGCGCCAACCGCAGAAUCGACCUGCGCCCGCCCGGCGGCGAGUCAGCCGCGCAGCCCCGCCAUCUUGGCGCGCCCCCGCAGAUGCUGGCCGUCCCCCCCGCCCCGCGCAGCCGGGCCAUGCGGCAGCCACGCACCACGCGCCCCGGCGGGCCCCCCCGGCCCCUCCUGCCGGCCCUGGCCCUCCUCGGUCUCCUCCUGGCUCCGGUGCCCAGCGGCCUGGCCAUGGAGGUCACGGCCCCGAUGACCAUCAAUGCGCUGAAUGGCUCCUCCGUUCGCCUGGCCUGCACCUUCAACUCCUGCUACCAAGUGGUAGAGAAGCAGUUUGCCCUCAACUGGACCUACCAAGAGUGCUGGAACUGCAGUGAGAUGAUGCUCUUGCAGUUCAAAUCCAAGAUCAUCCCCGUGGAACAGACUCGCUUUGGCAAUCGUGUGAAGUUCACAGGGAACGUGGCCAAGUAUGACGUGUCCUUCACCCUCCACAAUGUGCAGUUGGAUGACGAGGGAUUCUACAACUGCUUUGUGCUGAACCCCCCUGAUCGGAAUAGAGGCCAUGCCAAAAUCAACCUGAGAGUCAUCACGGAAGAGCCCCCAGAACGGGACUCCACCGUGGCCGUGGUUGUGGGCGCUUCUGUGGGCGGCUUCCUGGCUGUGGUGAUCCUGGCCCUGGUGGUGGUCAAGUGUGUCCGGAGGAGGAAGCAGCAGAAGCUGAACACGGAUGACCAGAAGACUGAGGAAGAGGGGAAGACAGAUGGCGAGGGGAACCCCGAGGAGGGCCCCAAGUAGAGGGGGCGGGGCCCCUUCCCAUGGCCGCACACGCUCCCCCCACUCACGUGCUGUAUGCCCUGCCCAGCUGCCUCCACCCCGGCCCCAUGGCAUCAUCUCUUUGGGGCAGGCUGGAGAGGGGGCAGGCCGUGCAGACUGGGAUGCCUGGGCGGGGGGGGGGGGGCUGUUCUCUGCUGGCUGGCCAGUGAACCUGAUGCUGCAGCCCCUCCCCCACAGAGGGUCCCAGCUGAGCCAGCCUCUGCUCCUCCCCGUCUCCCUGUGAAGCCAGGCCCUGAGGCUGCAAAGCCGAAGGGGGAGUGUGUGUGUGUAUGUGUGGGGAAGAGUGCUUCUUGCCUGAGCUGGGUGAUCUCCAGGUACUGGGGGUGGGGUGCAGAGUGGAUGAGCCAUUCAGGGCAACAUUCAGGAACAGAACGGGGCGGGGCGGGGGGGAAGACAGGCGGGUUCUCUUUGCCAACGCAAAAACUGCCACUGCUAACAACCCACAACUGCCAAGACAAUUCACUGCCAGUGGGAGGCAGCAGCACCCCAACACCCCACUCUGGCCUGCAGGAGACCCCCUCCCCCUGCCUCUCCAGGCCCAGGCAAGGGAAGGGGCUGCCUCAGGCUCAGGAUAGCUAGGUAUUCCCACGAGUACCAUUUUUCUCACCUGACACCUCCCUCCCCCCCUCCCCCCGACAACCCUCUUUGUACAACUCGGUGGUCUUCCCUGGGCUCUGCACUGGGGAGUGGGAGAUGCUGGUGGGAGAUGCACGCUGCUUACUUGCUUCUCAAACACCUGCUGCCCAUGGGGAGACCCCCGGGGUUCUGUUGUGGCGGGAGCAGGAAGAGGCGGGACUCCUGCUCUUGGCAGGCCCUCUGCUGCUUCCUUGCCUCUGAGCCAGCAGCGCUGCCAGCUGCCACCACCCCUCCCCAUUGGCCACCAGCAGAAGCUGUGUUUCCUCUUAGCCUCCUCGAGGCCUCAGGGGCAUUCUUAGACCGUGGGGCCAGGGGCCCCUCCUCCUCCUCCCAGCUGGUUCCCUGGCCUAGCAAAGGUGCAGGCCCAAAGCCUGAAAAGCCUCACGCACGCACCCUCCCCCCCCCCCCCCGAACUCACCUGUCAUGGAGCCACAGGGCUGUGUUCCUUUGGCUACCACACCUGGACUCAGAAGCUGCAGUAAGGGAUGGGGUGGAAGUGAGCAUCUCUCCCACAGUUCUAGAGCCCAGGUCAUCCACUGAAGCUGGAGGACGGCAGAUCCACGGCAGAUAAAAGGAAAUACUUCUUCACAUUGUACAUAGUUAAUUUGUGGAACUCACUGCCACAAUAUGGGGUGACAGCCACCAACUGGGAAGGUUUGAAAAGGCUGGUGGACAAAUUCAUGGAGGAGGGGGCUGCCUAUGGCUCCUUGCCUGAUGGAUCUCUAAUGUCUCCAGGGCCAGUGGCAGGAUGAGGCCUUUGCACCAGUCUCCCUGCUCUGGGGCUUCCUGGAGGCAGCUGGCCAGCCUUGGCUCUGAUGGAACAGGGCUGCUCGGCUGGCUGCGGCUCUGCUGGGCUGGGCCCCCUCAGGCAACCAAGCCAAGUAGCGCUCUCUCUCUCUCUCUCUCUCUCCCCCCAGCAGAGCAGGGAGGGGUACCCGCCUGCUGAAGAGGGUGGGGCUGGCCAGGGACUCACCUUGGCAGUCCCCGCUUGCCUUGGCAUCCUGCUUUCAUCCCUGCCCCCCCUCCCCCCGCUGUUGUGCUUGGCUGAGGAUCCUCCCCCUCUCCGGCCUUCCCUCAGCUGGAAGGUGCCUGCAGUUUGGAUUCUUCCCAAAGCCUCCCAACACAGCGUUUCUCUUGCUUUUUGCAUCUCUAUGACGAGCAAUUGAGUUCACUAACGUGUGUGUGUGCGUACGUGCGUGCAUACAUACGUGUACGUGCUGCUGGUCUGUGUUGAAAAUCAGUAUUAGCCUGUGCUUGCCCAGACAAACUCAAGUAUUAAGCUCAAUAAAAUGGAAUGUGUAUCUCA